CAGUAUGGAUGUCAUAUUGAAAUAUCUUCUCUUCAUAAUAUAUUUAAAGGCAGUGUUCUGUAAUGUGGUGAUAGAGGUGGACGUCUCAGACUUUAUCAGACAGAGUCGGGACUCACUCUGUGUGAGUGGGGAAGGGUGCUGUCUGACAGUACAUGUGUGUGCCACCUUUACCCCAGAGGAGAUGGAUGAGGCAGAUUGCUCUGUGGGGAGGGGGACUGUCUUAACACCAGCUUGUAAAAAAGACAAAGAUGACUCUGAACUUAUGGAGGUGGCUGAGAAGGAAUCGGUCCAGUCUCUAAGGUUUGAGACAGACCAUUUUAGGAAGCCUCUUGAUCUUGUCGUCAGUAUUUCACAAAGGAUGCCAGGUGAGGAAGAGUUGGAAGUUAGCAGGUCAGAGUUGUCUGCUCUUACUUUCCCACGAGGACAGUUGGGUCAUGAUCAGUGGCUGAGAGUCAAAGUGGAACAGACAUUCACAGAUGAGAAACACAAAGAGCUGGAUAAGGAUUAUUUUAUCUUCGUCAGAUGGUUCUGUAGUUACGGCUCAUUUGGUGAGGACUGUGAAGUGAAAUGUAAGGCGGGUCCUUCUGAUCACUACACCUGUGACGAGCAGGGAAGGAGGAUCUGUCAGCCUGGCUGGACAGGUGUUCUCUGUGACGUCUUGAUCUCAGAACAUAAUGAUGUUAGCCGAAAGGUUUGGCAAUCACACAACCACAAUGAACAGGAUGAAGGACUAAAAUACAAAAGGCCUGUACUGGGACUGGAUUCCUGGGAUAACCAGCCUGUCCGACAAUACCCGCCUAGGCCUGUCCACUACCGGGCCUCUGAGGACAACUGGGGAGAGGAUGGAGGGUCACAUGACAGUGAACUUCUGGAGGAGUAUCGAGCAACAAUCCUUGAGAGGCAAAGACGUCAAGCCACAGAUCCUUGCCUGAGUGCGCCGUGUAAAAAUGAGGCAACGUGCAGCUAUGAAGAAGGAGAUAAGAAUGUCACCUGUAUGUGCAAGCCAAAGUACACAGGGGUUUACUGUGAGCUAGGUAUCGAUGACUGCCAGAGUGGUCCAUGUGCAAAUGGAGGCACCUGUAGUGAUCUGAUUGGCUCAUUCAAAUGUCUGUGUCCUUCUGGCUUCACUGGGGAGACUUGUCAGAUUGAUAUUGACGAAUGUGAAAGUCGACCGUGUCAGAAUGGAGCGUCGUGUCGUGAGGGUGCCCCCGGUAAGUUUGUCUGCGACUGCAAGGCGGGAUUCUCUGGUAACCUGUGUCAGAGAGACAUAAACGAGUGUUCACUGCUCAGCCAUGUGAGAAUGGGGCAAGUUGUGAGGAUCUGGCAGGGGGAUUACACCUGUACAUGUCUUCAGGGAUUCACAGGUGUAAAUUGUGAGGUUGACAUUGAUGAGUGCCUGUUCCAACCCAUGUCUUACUCAGGCACCUGCACCCAAGGGCGUCCCGGUUCUUACCAGUGCGAGUGCCCCAAGGGUUUCUUCGGAGAGCAGUGUGGAGGGGAUAUAGAUGAGUGUUUUCCUAACCCAUGUGCUAGAGGGGCGCUGUGUGGAGGGUACCCCCGGUACGUUCAUCUGUCAAUGUCCUGUGGGCUAUGCCGUGCCGCAAUGGAGGCAGCUGCCUGCAGAAACCGACCUGCAGCCUACACCUGCAACUGUGUGCCUGGCUACACUGGCCGCAACUGUGACAUCGACAUAGAUGAGUGUGAGUCCCGUCCAUGUUAUAAUGGGGCCACCUGUGAUGAAGGUGAGCUUGGUACCUUCUUCUGCAGGUGUGCCAAUGGUUUUAACGGUACUCAGUGUCGAACGGAUAUUAACGAGUGUGACUCUUCACCUUGUCGUAACGGUGGUCUCUGUAGUCAGGGACCACCUGGUACGUAAACCUGCCUCUGUCGCGAUGGCUACUCAGGUCCAAACUGUGGCGAAGAUAUUAACGAAGUGGAUCCCAAUCCAUGUAAGAAUGGUGGGAGAUGUAGCCAGCCUCGCCCUGGCGUAUACAGGUGCUCCUGCCCAGCCGGUUCCGAGGGAGCAAGUAUACUGAUGAGUGUGCCUCUGGUCCGUGCUUCAAUGGCGCCGUCUGUUUGGAAGGAGAACCUGGAGAAUUCAGCUGUGUCUGCUUGGAAGGUUUUUACGGGGAAUUCUGUCAGAGUGAGCUUUUUGUGUCACAAGAAAUGUUUUAAUGGAGGAACAUGCAUUGAAGUUGACAGUAGGACCUACCUCUGUGAGUGUUUACCUGGCUUCACAGGGUUUAACUGUCAGACGAAUAUUGAUGACUGUGCCAGCAGGCCAUGUCUUAACCAGGGCAUUUGUAUUGACGAGAUCACCAGGUACAGGUGUGCCUGCAUGAAAGGAACAAGUGGUGUGAACUGUGAACAGAACUUGAACAACUGUGAUCCUAAUCCCUGUCUUGCCAACGGCCGAUGUCUGGACUGGUCCAUAGAUGAUUUCUACUGUGACUGUCCCCCCUCCCCUCACUGGGAAGAUCUGCAGUACCUACAUAUAGCAAGGUUGAUAAUUUACUCCAGCACUCUGGUUUCCUCCAGCACUCUGGUUUCCUCCAGCACUCUGGUUUCCUCCAAUGAGACUUUACCUGGUUUACCGUAUGUGCCAUGCGGAACCAACUACUGCUUCAACGAGGGUGUAUGCUUACAGCGUGAUGAUCUCACAUACUUCUGUGAAUGUCCUAAAGGUUUUAAUGGGUCAAGUUGUCGUGUGAACAUUGAUGACUGUUCCCCAAAUCCCUGUAAGAAUGGGGGGCGCUGUGUAGACUGGAUUGAUGACUUCUAUUGCUACUGCCCUCCUGAUUCUGGGCUUUUUGGCAAAGUUUGUGAUAACACCUCACAAGGCACAACAACCACCUCCCCGAGGGUAGCAGUGGGCCGUGGACCUGCAGGGAUCAACCCUCUGACGCUGGCCCUUAUCCUGGGGCUUAUCUAUGGGCUUGUCUUCUUACUCGCCAUAGCAGGCAUAAUAUGGGUAUGCAUAAAGAGGCCACGCCAAAAAGAUUUCUGUUUUGAGAUUCCUACAUCUCGAUACUAUCAUAUAAUGGAUUUGUUGUGAUAAUAGUAGCAAACUUGGAAUGGAUCUUUGCCAAGAAGUACCUCUGUAACAUUUGUCCUGACGUUAACAUUAUUUGACUUGUGAGUGGAUUAUCAUGGGAUCAAAAUGGAUUAUCUCCCCUCAACAUAGGAUUAUCUCACCUGUUAUCGAGAAACACUAACCAGCGGAUGAGGUAACUGUUGUUGUCGUUCAGGUUAUCCCAGUAGUUCAGCACAAGAAUGGGAAACAGGUGAUUGUUAUUCUGUUUUUUGGUUUGAUUAUUAGCAAACAUACCAGCAAUGGUUAUCUUAAAUCCUCAACCAAUUCUACCAAAGAUAUUAUUGAGCAGGUAUUGGCAUAUUAGACAAAAAAAUUUUCUUAUCUGAACAGUUCAUUUCAUAAUUUCGGAGACGUUCAUACAGGCUCCUACCUGAACAAUACAUUUUAUAGUCAUCAAAAUGCAUCUAAAAUUUUGCAGUACUGGUGGAAUUGGUUUAGGAUCUAGGGUAGUACAAUAUUUUGUCUCUGUUUACAGUUACUUGUGCUGGUUUGCACAUCUCAUCUAUAUGUACCUUCCCCUUGUUACUGAACACCUUAUCUAUGGUGUUAGCAUUUGUUUCCCUUAAGACCUUAAAGGGAUACAGAAUCGAUUCUGAUUGGCUGGUGACAGAGUCGGAUAAGUCUACACUAUACCUUGCCUGAGCUGAAUUUUAGGUAUGAUACAUACAUUUAUUGCACAACCAAGGCUGCAAGAUUUAACUAGAGAAAACCAUCUGCACUGUCAGCCAAUGAGUGUUGAUUCUGUAUCCCGUUAAGCAGACAGUUAGCACUGGUGCAACCUUACGUAUACAUCUAGUGAUGGCUUGUUCUCAUAAAAGCCUUCUUCACAUGGUGAAAAGCUUUCAUACCCAGAUGUAAUCACUGAGCGUAAAAUGCCUUUUAUUGCAAACUUGGUUGAAUUCGGAUCUGGAUCAAUGACCUACGCAUAACACCGAGAGGUAACAGCUGGUUAGUGAAUAUCUGACCUACAUCAUGAAUUCGGUAUCAAGCUCUGGAUAAGAGAGCUAGGUAAACUAGGAACCCGGUUUUGACUUGCGUGUAAAGACGUGUGCAAAGCUGUAAUCCAGCAGACAUGGUUCUGAGUAAAAGAUCAGAAAAAGGCUUGUCAAGUUGGUGAUUUGUUAAUAUCUAAAUUACUUUGGACGUAAAUAGGCGAAGGAAAUAAACCCAGUCAGAUCAUGUAAAGCAUGCAAACAUAUAGUUUUCAUGGUUGCAUGUAACGUGUUGCAUGCCCUAAAACACGAGUCUCCGGCAGCACUUCUAGAAAAUCCGUGUUGAAGAAAUAAUUUCCGCUCUCCAUAAAUCCAUAAAGUUAAUGUUCCAGUUAAUAAUGGGUUAAUGGAGUCUCGGUUGUAAGGAGAAGAAUAGAUGAAGAUCAAUGGGAGAUUUGGCGCGUAUUGUGUUGCAGCAAGUAGACGGCCUGCUUCACUGGAACCAGCUAUCAACUUCCAAGAUUGAUACUGGAACGUCGGCAAACCUUAUCGUUGCUUGAGUCGCCAUCUUAUUGAUUUAGAAGAAACGGAUUUCCCAUUUUCCAGGGUAUUUCCGGUUACCAGCAUGUAUAUAGAAUGCCAGCAUACUGAAGCAGCGCACGUAUAGCUUUGACAAGAGGCUUUUAUGAUUGCCUAUUUUUAUUUUCGAGGAAUCAAAGUCACUAGUUAAUAACAUUUAUGGAUUUUGGGCUUACUGAAUUUUGAAAAAAAAAGACUUACGCUUAAGUGAGUGAGAAUAUAAUGGGAUCUUAUGUUUCACAACGUUGUGUGCCUUUUGUGUUUACCACUAAGCGAGCAUUUGUUCUUUAUUAUAUCAGUGUGUCGUGGAGAUGUGAUGAGUUGCAGGUUCACUCGUAUGUAUAUAUUUCCCCAGUUUUGUAACCUUCUUUUCUUUAAACGGAAAGAGACCAGCGUAUCUAAUACUGCCAGCAUUAUGUUACCAUGGUAACGUUUUUAACGUUGCUUCUGAUAAUUGUAUAUUGCAUGUACUUUGAUCAUAUCAUUUAGCAGGACAUGUGUCAAAGUUUCUCUGAAUUGAAGCAUUCAUGCAAAAUAUUGUAUCUAGUACACUGAUUUUAGUAAUGGUGUUUUCUUUGUUUUUAUCAAAUCUGUCUGUUGGGAAAAACUUUUGCUUUGGUUCAUUAAAUUCCUGCUGGCUUUUUACCGAGUGUCCUUGUG